UGCUGUCACGAAGAGCCAGACUAGUUGCAGCCGGGCAGCAGCCGGGGAGGGAGCGGAGGAGCCGGGAGCAGCAGACGCAGCCUCCCGCGCAGGAGACAGACUGAAGGGAGGAGGAGGCGGAGGAGGUGGCGGCGGCGGCUGAGGCUGAAAGGGUCUUCAGCUGCUCUGCGAAAGGAAGCCCCCCGCCCCGGGGCGAAUGGGAUGGAGGGGCUUUCUGAGGGAAGAAUAACUGGUAUUACUGGAUGAACAGGACAAUGGUUAUAAACUAAAUAGAAUUCUAAGCUCCCUGAAUCAAUCUUGCCUGCACAAGCGAACGGUGAAGCUCAAAGUGAUCACAGAAAAGGAGUGAAGAAUACCUCUGGCUGACUCUAAGCAAAAUGAGCACAGAAACAAGCGACAGAACCCUAUGAUGUUUUCCAAGCAGAGACUUAGACUAAAUGUCGAACUUCUUUUUAUGCAUGGAAUGGCUGCUAUCUUCUUCACAAAUACAAUGGCUAUAAUUCUUUGUCAGGACGGUUGAGGCACUUCACCUGAACUGGCCAUCUGAAUUUGAGACACAUCCCAUUUUCCCUAGGUCUUAAAGGACCUGAGAACAAGUUGGAACUAAGGGAUGUUAAAUGCUGGAUUGGGAUGAAAAAAUGGACACUCAGAAGUGAAGAUGGAAGUAACUUGAUCCCUACUACUGCAUAAACUGCCUCUGGAAAGGAAAGGUUAAGAUUGGAGUCACAAGCUUUAGUGGGAGAGCAGUAUGCAGGAAGCUGGUUUUCAGGCUACAAAUGCUUUCACAGAGUGCAAAUUCACCUGCACCAGUGGCAAAUGCUUAUAUCGUGCCUCACUGCUCUGUAAUGAACAGAAUGAUUGUGGGGAUAAUAGCGAUGAAGAGAACUGCUUACUUGUAACUGAACAUCCACCUCCAAGUAUCUUUAGCUCGGAACUAGAGUUUAUUCAGAUUAUCAUCAUCAUAGUGGUGAUAACUGUUAUGAUAGUAGUGAUCAUCUGCUUGCUGAAUCAUUAUAAAGGGUCAACAAGGUCCUUCAUCAGUCGGCAGAGCCAAAGCAGGAGGCAAGAGGACUCUUUACAACCAGAGGGGUGUCUGUGGCCUUCUGACAGUUCAUCUUCUCGACAGGGACCUUCAGAGAUUAUGUAUGCCCCACGUUCCAGGGACAGAUUUACUGCUCCAUCUUUUCUGCAGAGGGAACAUUUCAGUCGCUUCCAGCCAACGUAUCCAUAUGUGCAGCAUGAGAUUGAUCUGCCUCCUACAAUCUCUCUUUCUGAUGGUGAAGAGCCACCACCGUACCAGGGGCCAUGCACUCUGCAGCUUCGGGAUCCAGAACAACAGAUGGAACUUAACAGAGAAUCCGUGAGGGCACCUCCAAACAGAACUGUAUUUGACAGCGAUUUGAUAGAUGUUUCGGUAUACAAUGCGGGCCCUUGCCCACCAAGCAGCAAUUCGGGAAUAAGUGCAACCAAUUAUAGCAGUAAUGGAAGGAUGGAAGGACCACCCCCAACUUACAGUGAGGUCAUGGGGCAUUAUCCGGGUUCCUCUUUUUUCCAUCACCAGCAAAGCAACGCGCCUUCUUCAUCACAGAGGGGGAGCAGACUUCAGUUUCAGCAGAACAAUUCAGAGAGCACAAUAGUCCCUAUUGAAAGCAAAGACAGGAAACCAGGAAACUUUGUCUAGUUUCUUUUUCCAUGUGCACUUGAAGAGAGACGGGAGAAUCAAACAGGAGCAUAAGGGAAGCUUCUAUGCCCCUGUGCACAAUGUUGUUAAAAGUUUCACGUGACACAAUUUAGUAAAACCAAACGUACAAAGCUGUUCUUUAUUUCCAAUUCCUUUAAGGGGAAUUGCAUGAAAAUUGUUUUGAAAUAAUUGCAACCUUCCAUUCAGUUUGGCCAUGAGCAGUGUUUUUUAAAAAUAUAUUAUUUUUUUAAUAACGUAUUUGAAUUAUUUAAUUUUAAGAAAUAACUUAGGCACAGAGAUAUGCCUCGAUUGGCCUGUUUUAUAGUAAGUUAAAGGCUAAAACAGGAGAAUAAGAAAGAUUACUAGCUAAAUGGGGGCAAAAUUGGCCAGUUUGCUUUCCCUCCCUUCUCCCAGAAUAUAUAAUUUCUUUUUUCCUGUUUCCACAUUUAUGUUGUGUGCCAAGUUUUUUUUUUUAAAAAAAACUAAAUGAAUACAAGGAGUUAAUUUGUGUUGUGAUACUAGUGUGUUAAAUUUGCACUAUCUUUCAUGUUUUAAAUAUCUACGAGGGAACUGUUUUACCUUAGGUUCUUCUAUAAGGUGUCUUUUCACCUGUGCAAAGAUUAUUAGCCCCCAGGCCUCUAUUUGCCCAGGCCUCUAUUGAUGAUCCCCAUUUUGGGGGAUACAGAUUUAAGUAGGUUUCUUAUCAUUUUACAUAACUGAGAAUAAAUGAUAGAAGACAUUUUAACAUGUUACUGUUGCAAUAAUUUUGCAUUUAAAUAGGGUAUCAGCAAAUUGUCUUAGAAAUUUAUAGGUGGAAGAAAGCAAAUGUGAAAAUACAGCAGCACCUUCUUUAGGUGGUUUUAGCUAUAAGCCAUUUGUUUCACUAGAACAGAUUAAAUGCCACAUUUACUUUUUUUUUGUAACUACAGCUAUAUCUUAACUGCUUGUCACCCUUCUUUUUACACAAUUCAGUGUCAGCAGUACUUAAAGCUUUUGCAAAUUUUUAUCUUCAGUGUAGUCCAUAAUAUAUUCAGUCAUAUAGCCUUACAUCAUACAAUAAAUGAUUUUAAAAGUACAACAUGGAUUCUGCUGUUAAAUUAUAAUUUUGUUGUUUAAUAUUAGUUUUUGUGUUUUACUUUCUAAAGACAAUGAUCUGUUCUCAGUCUGUAUUUCUUAGCUGAUAAUGUGGGAAUAAUUGAUUGCAGAAUGCUACCAGAAAUUGCUUCAGAGUAUUAAUCGGUUUUACAAUUGGUUAAUGUUAUUCUUCUGCAUCAAGCUGGUUUAUAUCUAUUGUGCAAGCAAUCAUAUAAUGUUUUAGAUCUUCUUUUCUUAAUUGACAUUUCUUAUCCUCUUGAAUGCUACAUUAGGACUGCUCCAGUUUUUAGACUUGGACUCAAAUAUUCCAGCAACUUUGAUCUGUUUUGGAAUCCUAGGUUAUUGGCUUUUAUGCUUGGUCAUAUGUUUUUAGUAAAUUGAAAGAGUUUUGAAGGAAAUGGUUUUCAAUUCAAAAGCACAGCUAAAGCACAACAGGCACUUCAAAUAUGGUUAGCAAAUGAACUUUAAAAGAAAACAAAAAAAAUCUAGAGUACUAAUAUUCUGGGCAAAAUUGCAAUUGCACACAAGUUUCCUUCAAAUUUCCCUUUUCUAUGGUUUUUAUAGGCAACAUUUUCCUAAUUGAAAUAGUGUAACAAGUACAUCAACUGCACUCUAGUAAUGUACUGUAUUGAUACCUUUGUUCUGUUUACAGAAUUUUUUCUCUUUCUGGAGGACUUCUAUAAACUGAAGUAAGUUAGACUAAAAUCUGGAAUCUGAACUUAGUUUCUGAUCUAUGCAGAGUUUUUAUGCCAAAAUAGCAUGUGUGAUGGAUGUGUGUUUUAAUUCCAUAUCUGGAAGCAUUCAUGAAUCUUAAAAUGGCUUCUGAACUUGAUGAUCGAAAAAAUCCUUAAAUAACAAUUCUUUUCUAAAAAUAGAAUCCUGUUUUUGUAAUUGGCUAGAAUGUCCUUAUUAUGUAGCCAUGGAUUAGAAACUAUUUUUUUGAUCCUUGUAAUCUCUGGUGAUUCAUAUAUCUGUCAUGUGAUAAGUGUAAGCACUCUCUGAAACAGCCGUUACAAGUUGGCAUCUUCAAAGUUCUCAUAUUUGGUGAACAUUUUUCUUUCAAUGGAUGUGAAUACCAAUAUUACUUGGUAUUGCCCCUUUAAACAUGUAAGACUGAUGUUCAGUGAAUCUAUUUUUUGAAACCUUGAUUUCCAAAUGAAAAUUCUCUGAACUAAAACUCAGAAUGAUAUAGUCAUAUAUAUGACAUAUUUUAAAUUAUAACAUGGGUUUAGCUGAGAGAGCAAAAGAGCAAAACUCAUGGUUAAUACAGUUUAUAGUUAUUAAAAAUUCAUUGUAUGAAUGGAUAAUUAAUCAGCCCUACUUUUUGACUUUGGAAGUUGUCAGUCUUAACUGGAAACUCUUGAAUAUGUGGGUGGGAAGUGGGUGUAGUGAUUAAACUGCUUGAAAUUGAAUUUUAUGUACUUUUUAUUCAAAAUGCUAUUUCAUAAAAAGUAAUUUUAUUUGAUGUUAAGCCCAAUUUUAAUUUAAGCACUCUUAACUUUAAGAUUAUUACUAAAAAACUCCCUCAAACUGCUAAACUCUAUUUCUUUUAUUUUCCCCCAAAAAUGUUUUAUUAUUUUGGUCCUGUUAUUGCUGAAAGCUCUGGGUAGUUCUUGUAUUAGGAUUCAGAACGUACUAAGAAUGUACUACAAUGUGUAGGAACAGAUACUUACCUUAGAAAUGACCUCUCCUUAUGCAAUGUAAUUUCUGGAGCUUGCUUUAAAUAAUGCCAUCUUAGAAAAGUGCCAUAACAAUCUCAGAAGGUUGAUUUGAUGUUUAUUUUAUUCGCUUUUUCCUUCCAACUCUUUUUCGAACCUGCACCUUUGUAUUAUCUUCUACUUCUACUAUCAUAUUUAUAUUUCCCAGAAAUGUUGUUUGAAAGCUUUAUCUCAAAUUCAUAUGAAAGCAGUUUGCUUGAGAGUUAGAAUGAGAAUUAAUGGAGAGCUUAGAAAUACAUUAAUUCUAAAGUGCUGCUUCAGAAAUGAUAUUUCAUAUGGCAAAUAUUUUUAAUGAGAAGUUCAUAAGAAUGGAGUAUUGAGGUUUUUUAAAGGUCAAAAUUAAUUGUUCCUCUUUUAAUGGUGAAAAUGCUAUCAGUUUAAACCUGAAACUGAAUUACUGCUUUGGGAUCCAGAUUAAAUGUUAUGGAAGUAUCAGUUGUAGUGAUUGUAGUGAUAAGUCUUAUGAAAAUACUUUGUAAGGUGGAGCAUCAAAUGGCAGCCUCCCUACAUCAAUAUUCAUCUUAUUAAAAGCUGAUACAUUAUUGCAGUAGGAAAUGCCAUACUUUUCUGCAACCUAGCAGUCAAAAUAGAGUAGUAUUGUCCUUUUUAAUGACCCUUUCAAAAUUGAUUGUCUAAUAAUAGGUUGGCCUUGUCAGGGGCUAGCAGUGCCUAACAUGCAAGCCACAUAUACAUGAUAAAAUUAUUGUAUAAAAGUUAAUUUCAUGUUUUGCAUUUUUUCAAGAAGGAGAAACUUUUAUACACAAACCAGCCUAUGAGAAAAAGACCAGCAGCUUAUUUAAAAUUGUAUAUAUUAGUAAUUUUUAUAACCUUUAUAUGCAAGGCAGAAUUAAUCCCAAUUUUUUAAAAAUGCAGUCCCUGAAAAUUUUCUUUUGAUGCCUAAUUACAAUUGUAUGCAGCUCUGAACCGUCUAAAUAUUAAAGGUUAUAAAUAAGUUAUGUAUGUAAUGCACAAACGUAUACACAAACACUCUUUUUUUUUUACUUAGGCCAUCUUUUAAUUAAGAUAGAUGGUCUUGCUUAACCCAGGAUUAAUUGCUGUUUAUUUUCAGGUUAGAAUCCAGUUAGAUAUUCUUAACAAUUUUUUUUGAUCAAAUAAAAAAAUUCUUAGUAUAACUUCUCUGUAUUCAAAGACUAUGCACAUGCAGGGAUUAGUAACAGAAUUAACAUAAAUGCUUUCUUAACAAAGUUUAUUAUUUCAUCUGUUCUGAAACCUUUGUUUCCUUAAGAAUGUCCUCAUCGUGUACAGCAUAUUUGGUUAGGAUCUCAGAAAUCUAGCUGUAACCUCAAAAAUUCUCCACUUGCUAAAAAAGUUAUACAGAAAUAAAUGGCUUUAAUCUAAAUUUAAAUCACACAAUUAAAGCCCAUCUCCUCUUCCUUUUUUUUCCUUUUUCAAUGGGGAUUACUUGUAGCAAUCUGUGUAUGGCUAUGCAGCAAUAAGUCCUGUGGUUUAGUCUGAUGUAUUGUAACCACAUACAGACCUAAAUGUUCUAAAUUAAGUCUCAUUAACUUAAUUUGUCAUCCUAUAUGCACAUUUCCAAGAAUCAGUCCACAUGUUUGUUGUGCAUUAUACCUUUAGCUUCUAGCUUUUAGUAUCCUUGUGCAACACAGGUAUAGAUACUGGAUUCUUUCUCUGCAUCCUUUAUGUUCAGCUACUUAGCAUAGGACCUCUCGGGAUCAUAACGUUGAGGAAGUAAGAAGAGAAAUAAUUUUAUAUGCAAGGUUUAAGGUAUUUGUGAAGUAAGUUUGGUUAGAUUUCACUGAUCAAAUAUAUUUUCCAAAGGCAUGUGGCAUCCUUCUAAACAUUGUAGGGGAAAUGGUUAUUAAACUCAAGAAAACAAAUAUGAAUCUCAGUUACAGGCAAUUUCUCUGAGAUUGUGAUAUUAAAGGACAAUUAAAUGGACAAUUUGUACUUAUAAGCUAACACAUUUGAUCAAACCCUUUAAUCUCUUUAAUAUCAAAAACUACAUUGUCGUGAAAGCAUGCUUGAUUAUACUUAUGCCCAAAGGUUUGGGAGUUACUGCUGAUAUAGGAAUGAAAUCAACUUGUUAAUGAUACUCAAAGACAAAAAAAUUAUCUGUUGUGUAUUUAAAUGCAUAAGUACUUAAGGGACUAAUUUAACCUCAUGGAAGCAGAGAGAUUGCAAGGACAAACGACUUAUAAACAUUUCCAAGAAUUACUGGAGAUGAGAUUUAUUUGUAUGUAACAGAACACAACAGUGUUAACAUAUUGGUCUACAUUUCUAAAGCAAAAACCAAAACUAUCUUGCAAUUUUCUACAUUGAAACCUUGAUUGUAUUGAAAAGUCAGUCCAGUAAGUCCUAAGUAUAUAACAAUAAACACUAUGCCCUGAGAUCAUUUUUGGGGAAAGAAGAGACAAUUUAUCAAAAUUCCAAAGAUAGAUUUUUCAGGACCGUUAUCCCUAAUUUUUGCAAAGUGAGAGUUUGAAAUUUCUGUAUUAGGAACAGAUAUAUUUUAAUUCUGAAAUAUGUUUGUGACUAUAUAAGGGCAAAAUUGCAUGUUUCUUUAACUGGGUAAUUUUUAUUUAGUAGACUUAGUCUAAUUAAACACAGUAAAUGGAUAUUUUGUAGUAUUACUUGGGUUGGGGAAAGAGAGGCAUGAAUUUAUAAGAUAGUAAGGAAUUGUAUUAAUUCUGUGUUAAAUCGACAAAGGUGAGAAAUUCUAAAUGAAUGGCUUGGGGCCUAAUGUGUUGUUUCUGAAGUGGGGAUGGUACAUACUCCACCUCUUCAUACCACCUCAUAUAUGUGGCAAUCACAGCCCAGGCAUAUAAUCUCUUAAACUGUGAGAUGAUUCUGUAUCAGUUACAUUUUUUACUUUUUUCAAAAUUACGAUGUGGUGUUCUUGGGAUUUUUCUGCCAAGCCUCUAAAUCCUGCCUAUUCAACAUAAAACUCUGCAGAGUUUGUUCUAUAUACUGUUUUGUAAAUUAAUGAAUACUCUUAUUUAAAUACUCAUAUUACUCUUUAUAUGAAGAACUUAAAAAGGAUAUUACUCUGUUCAUACUUCAAUUCAAUGAACAAAUAAUGUAAAAAUUUUAUAAGUAAAUUCCCUUGAAACUUUAUUAUUCGGGGGGCAUUUUUCAUUACAAAAAUAACAAAUGAUAUACUCUUCAACAACCUUUCAAUUUUUUAUUAUUACUACUUUUUUAGAAGGAUCACGUUAGGAUAGUACAAUGCUAUUUCAUAUUAUAAAUCUUCUGUACCUUUUGAUGCAGGAUGUGUUCUACCAUCUGAGAUGUCUAGAAAGCACCAAGCCUUCAUCUUGGAGGGAGGGAGGAACGAAUGAAGGUUGGGGAGAUCCCUAAUAUUUUGAGCAUUGGAGUAUAUAUGCUGUAUGAAUGCUCUAGUUACCCCGCUACCUUUCCAUACAACAUUGGCCCUUUAGACCAAUGUUUGUGACCCCUUCAGCUUGAAUGCUUGAAGAACAUUACUAAUAGCUGCCAGAGUUGCCUCAAACUACAAGAUAGAUGGCAUAUAAAUUUAAUAAAUAAAAUUAUUGGCAAGGGAGGAGAGGGGUGUUGGCAGCUUAGCAUAUAAAUAUCAUACAUAUAUUCUCCUUUAUUAGUUUAGCAUAUAUUUUGGAACGGGCAGUAUGGUCACAGGAAAGUAUGGAUUUUCUGAGCUGUCAAGCUGUAAGUCCUACUUUAAUUGCAUUGCUUGUUCCUAGCAGCAACAGAUCCUUGUUUUGAAUGUUGUUUUGUUUUAGCAUUUCCUCACUUUCUCCUACAUCUCAGAAAAACUGAACAAACAAUAUAGGUAGGGUCAAUUAUGUUCCCCUAUGUAAUCUUAAAUAUAAUUAAUUUGGUCUGGUUUUGUUUUUUCCUUAGUAAUACUAAAGAAGUUGCAUUUCUGGGUUUGCUAAAUAAAGUGAAUAUUUCCCUGUAUUUGGAUCCUAAUUAUGGCAUUGUGUCUAUCAUCUUUUUGUUAAUUCCAUUCUCCAUUCUUCUUUCAGCUCUGGUGAAUGCUGUUCUCAUAAUACAAUUUCAACCGUUUACUAAGUCCAAUCUGGGCAGCUCCAUUGUACUAUUCAGACAUUUUUGAUAUAGAAACUACUCAUUUUUAUGACAUUUUGUAGGAAAUAUAUCUAUAGUUAAGCCCUGGAAAAUCCUUGUGCUAUCUUGAAACAAAUCAAUCACCACACCAUCAAUUCUCUUUCUAUGGCUAAAUGGAAUAUGUGGCGUGAAAACUUGCAAUACUGAUGCAGUAUUAAAUUUGUUUGAUAGAAGCAAUUGAAUUUCUGUUUAAAAUAAUAGGGAUGGAGGAGGGGAAAUAAGGUGCAUAGAAAUUGCUCUGCAAUAUUCUUCUGAAAUAUAUGAAACACUUAUUCAAUAAUACUUGUAUUUAAAAUUAAAUGCCCCCCUCCCUUUGUGGGGUAGCCAAAUGUACUUGUUCCACAAGAUGUUGCAGUAAAAUCAAUAGAUUUUUAAUACUUUGUUUAUGCAGCUAGUUUUCAUGCUUGGUCAAUUCAAACAUAGGUUUAUAAUGUUCUCCAAGAGAUGACUCGUGGAUUUAAUUAGUCAAGCCAGUUAAGAAUGCCUGUUUAUUCUUGACAACUUCAGCUUUUCACUGCAGAAGAAUUUUUGAAUAUGCCUGAAUUAUUUCACUGAAGUCAAAUUCUCAUUAUUUCAUCUUUGCUAUACAUUUUCUCUUCUUAUCUAACUUCUUUUCUUUGGUUAGUAGCAGAUUUUUCUCACUGUCCAGGGACUCUUUUAUACAUUAGAAUAGGUUGAAUUGUUUUGUUUCGGGUCUUUUCAUUUGGGAUUUUUUCUUCUCUUUUAUAUAAUUCAACCUAUGUAUGCUUGUAAUCUUUAUUUCUUAGUUCAUUGUACAGAUGUGAAAAUAAUUUGGUAAAAUUAGUGUCCUUUAACUGAUAAAGAAAUCGGAUUACUGUUACUUGAAAAAACUUCUAAUUUUAUGAGUGACAUUUUGAAAAGUGUACUUUCUCUAUUACUUAAAAGGAGUAUGAUUUAGGUGCAAUGCUCAAUGGUUUGAACAGGAAGACUAUAAAUAUGCAUUUCCUCUUCUGGAUAGAUUUGAGGGGAAUCCAUGACACUUGGCUAGGAUAAGCCAUGACCCAUAUUCUGAAUGAAAACCUUCUUCUGAAAUAUUCUCAACCUUUUUUCUGAAUUAUUGUUCCUCUAUAUAUUCCAGAGAAGAGAAACAAGGCUCAUUCAUAAAAUCAUUGUUUGACUUUGAAUGUGUGAUAUCCCUAUUAAUUUGACUUGAAUGUGUGAUAUAAUGCACACUGAGGUGCUUAAUGUCUCACAUUUGAGUGGUUUGUACGAUAAACCAUAAAACAGUAUUUAAGUUCAUUUUGCUCCUUUUCAUUUGUGAAUUUGUCAAAACAGAUACCGUAGUUAAUCCACAAAUAAAGUAUUCCUGUUUUAAAGGAAAAUUCUCCAUUCCCAACCUAUGUGAACUUCAGUCUUACCAAAUACUAUAAAAUUGCACACUAAGUAUUCUGGAGACAUGACCUAUGAAAACAUCCUAAAGAUACCAAGAUACCAGAUUUCCUAAUUUGCUCCCUCAGUAUCUAACAUCUAAAGGAAAAUCAGGUUUCAUCUCUGAACAGCCUUUCUAGCUUCUGCUAAGCUCUGAAAUAUGCUGUUUGUUACUUGGUUCAAUGACCUUUAAAUAUACUAAUUUUACAGGUUAGUGGUUUACCUGCUUCUGACAUUGUCUUCCUACAGUACUCAAUGAACAGUAACAACAAAUAGAAAACAUGAAUUGGAGAAUGGGCUAAUGCUGAUUUUCUCAACCAUGCUGUAUUCCAGAAAUCCUGCAUUGCAACUUCCAUCUUUCCAUUUAGAAAGGAAAAAAAAGAAAAUGGCCACCAAAUUUUUUUUUUU